AAAAAAAAAACCUACUAGUAAUUUAAUUCAUGUUGAACAUAGUUUAUAGCCAAAAAAAACAUCAAGCAUGUGAUCUCUGAAUAAUGAUUCUGUGUUAUCAAAGAAAGCAAAUCUCUUGGUACGAAGUCAACAAUAUACCAUUGACUUCACAUUUGAUAUACACUAUAAUUAUUCCAUACUUAAACUUACACUUCACUAUACCUUAUAUUAUACUGAUCGAGUUACAUGUAUAUAUAGUUACUUGCACUGUCUCUUCGACCAAAACAAAUAUUUUCAAAGAGAGAAAAUUAAAAGAUGAAAAAAAUGAGAAUAAUUUCAAUGAUAAUCAUAGAAUUUGCAUUAUUAUUGUUUCAUUGCACAGAUGCAACAACAUAUAUGGUUGGAGAUGCAUUAAAUUGGGUGGAUCCUCCUACUCCAACAACCUAUUCUAUUUGGGCUUCUUCCAAUGUCUUUGUCAAAGAUGAUGUUUUAGUAUUUAAUUUCAAUAAUGGGAGCCACAAUGUAGCAGAAGUAACAAAGAAAGCCUACAAUAAGUGUAACACAAGGUCUCUUAUCUCCCUUCACCACCAAUCCCCAGUUAGUAUUCCCCUAAACAAAGAGGGCAUAAGAUAUUUCAUUUCCACCCUUAAUAAUGAUUGUCUAAAUGGUAAAAAAUUGGCCAUCAAUGUCUUACAACACUUGCCACCACCGCCUCCGGCUACACCACCACCGGAAAUUGCCCCGGGAUCGAAUAGUCCAACUCUUCCUCCUGCUGUUCCUACUAUUGAUGUUGUGAUUACACCUCCUUCACCUUCAACUAAUUCAGCUCCUUCAUACUUUGGUCCUAAUGUUACCUUUCUAAGUGUAAUGGUAACCCUAAUUUGUGGUGUACUAUGUCAAAUUGUAAUUGUUUAGACUUUGAAGUUUUGAUUUUGUAAUUAAGUUCUUUAUUGACUUGUGAAUUGACACUAUGCGAGGGGCCAGGGUGGAUGAUAAAUAUGUCAUAAACUUAACAUUCAUUAUCCUAGUAGACGCAUCACAAUGACAUAAUCUUUGUUUGAUUAGAUAAGAUUUAUUCUU